UCAACGUGGAGGAUCCCGGACUCAACUUUCUCACACAGCAGCUCAGUGCAGAGGAGCGGCCGAGAGGGGCUUUGGAAAUCGGCUCGCUUGCAGCAAAUCACAAUUUUUCUGUUCGGGUUUUCUCUCUUUUUUUUUAUCCCACUGCGUAUCUCGUCCUCCUAGCGGGACGCCAGAAACGAGAGUCGGGCUCGAGUCGGUCGGAUUAAACUUUCCUUGUGGAGAUAGCGGAUAGAGCAGCAGCUCGGAUACGAGGCUAGUUGGAGAGCUAACGCUCCCCUGGACCCGGGGACCGAACAUGGAUGUGUUCUGCUUUUCUUUGUCAUUGCGAUAUGUUGGAGGCUGUUAGUGAAAGGAGCAGGCAGGAAGGCAGCUACGUGUGCUAGUCGGUUCAGCGAGGAGACGCGCCCAGCUCAGGGCGAGAGAGACCUGACCAUCAAUCACUCCGGCUGGAUCAACCAAUAAGGGAUAAGGGAGUGGGCCGGGGCAGGGUGCCCCCUUCGCCGGCGUUUGAUUGGUCGGGCCCCGGAGUUCAACCAAUGGAUGAGUGAUGAGGAUGAGCUGGCGGUCGCCCCCCUGCACAGCGCGCUGGAGCAGGUGAGGAGAGGGGGGAGCAGGGUGGCGGCCAUGCAGAAGCAGGCCAGCCCCGCCUGGCUGCCCCACGGGGGGGUGGCCCCCCCCACGGAGCUGGGCUCCAACAUACGGCAGAAGAUCUCUCAGUGGGAGGGCCGCAGUCAGCCCGCCGCCGUCGGCAAGCCCCGCCCCCCCGCCUUCACCCGAGCUCUGUCCGCAGACCUCCUUGGUCGUGGUGGUGGUGGUAGUGGUGCUGGUGCUGGUGGUGGUGGUGGUGCGGGUGGGGACGAUGCCCUUCGAGACCCCUCACAGAAAGCGACCCUUUGCAAAACCAAAAGCCUGGCCUUGGAUUUCCGGGAAACCCAAGAAGCGACAGGACUCAAACCGGUCGGGCGGAGGUCGGAGCCCUUCCAGAGAGACUCCCCGGGAAUAUCCACCUCCGUCCCGGACAAGAGGCUCUCGCUCUCCCCAGCUCUCCGGUCGUCCCCCAAGGGGGUCCCCCAGACCACGGCCCCCUCAGGUAAACAAGCCACCGCCCCGGCCGAAGACUUCCGGUACACCCCCAGCCGGCCGGUGCCCCAGCCCCAGCCCGAGCACCCCCCCAGGGACGACCCGGACCCCGACGACGACAACAUGCCCGCGGGGAACUUCUACACCAGCCGGGGGUUCUGGCGGAGGCUGGAGGGGAACAAGCUGCUCUGGGAGAAGGGCCUGGGACCCCCGGAGACCCCCCAGCCGCCCCCCAAACCCCUGAGGACGUUCCAGUACCUGGAGACCAGGGGCGGGGCUGCGGCGCCGGGCCAGGGGGUCUCGGACUCCAGGGGGGGCAGGAUAAUAGCCCGGCCGCCCGACUUCCCCCCCCCACCCUGCCCCGGGGACAGGACCAACGGGCUGUCACGGUACAACAAGAACAGGAAGUCCUUUGAGUACGAGGACGCGUCGCACAUCACUGUGAAGCAAGGCAUGCUGGGAGACGAGGAGGGCCUCUACCACGCCUACUCGGACGACAACAUCUACGAAGACAUCAUCUCUGAGGGCCCCAGGGAGAGCCCCUACGAGGACGUCAAGCUGUCCCCCAUGUGCCUCCCUCUGGGAAGGGCCCGACCUCGGCCCUCCACCCUCUCCCAAAGGGACAACCAACGGGGGCCCAAGGCGUCGUCCAAGCCCCACACCCUGCGAGACCACCCACCCCGGCCGAACAGGAAGGGGUCCCAGCAGACCCUGCCCCCCAACGUCUCAGCGCUGCUGGACACCCCCAAACCGGCCGGCCCCCGGCGCUCGGCCACCCAGAGGGUACCCCGGCAGCCCCCAACCCAGGCUCAGUACAUCAGCAAGAUCGAGACCAUCUUCGACGCCAAGCGAGGGAGGAAGAGGGUGAAGAACCAGGGAAACGCUGUGCGAGAGGAGACCAGUGGAACCGAGAGUGACCCUGAAGACCCUAAAGACUCCAGGAGGACGGUGUACGUCCAGUCCACGCUGCGGCGCCGGCCCGGGUACCGAACCCUGGAGCGGGACCUGAUCCAGAACCAGCAGCAGCAGCUCUUCCAGAUCUUCGUGGUGGUGUCGCUCAGAAAGGGGUCCUCCGGAAACACCUACUCCCCCGAAAUCACUCAGCAGUUCCCCAAGAUGUUCGAGAAGCCGUCUCGUCACACCAAGGAGGCUGAGGACCGACUAAAGGCCAUCCCUCGCUUCUGCUUCCCCGACGCGCUAGACUGGAAGCCGUCUUCGGACAUGACCAGUGAGACCUUCUCCUUUGUUCUGACGGGUGAGGAUGGCAGUCGCUGGUUCUGCUACUGUCGCAAGAUCCUGCCCAGUGGGAAGGGGAAGCGCCUCCCGGAGGUCCACUGCAUGGUCAGCCAGCUGGGCUGCUUCAACCUGUUCGCUAAGAUCCUGGUAGAGGUGGAGAGACGGAGAGAGAUCUGUCCAGCCCUCGUUCACCCCUUCAUGCGCAGCGUGAUGGAGGCCCCGUUCCCCGCCCCUGGCCGCACAAUCACCGUCAAGAGCUUCCUGCCCGGCUCCGGCAACGAGGUGCUGACCCUGUGUCGGCCGGUGGACUCCCGGCUGGAGCACGUGGACUUCCGGACCCUUCUGCAGUGCCUGAGCGUGGAGCGGCUGCUGCAGGUCUUCAGCUCCCUGCUGCUGGAGCGCAGGGUCAUCUUCAUCGCUGACAAGCUGGGCGUGUUGUCGCGGUGUAGCCAUGCAGUGCUGGCGCUGCUCUACCCUUUCAUAUGGCAGCACACCUUUGUCCCAGUGCUUCCGGCCAGCAUGUUGGACAUCAGCUGCUCUCCCACCCCCUUCCUCAUGGGGGCGCUGGCUCCCUGCCUGCCUCAGCUGCUGGAGCUGCCCAUCGAGGAGGUGCUAAUUGUGGAUCUGUGUGCGAACAAGUUUGUCGUUCAGCUGGGGGACGAGGACUGCAUCCUGCCCAGUAAGCUGCAGGCGGCGCUGCAGCAGGUGCUGGAGGAGAGAGAGCUGAUCCUGGGGCAGGAGGCGGAGCAGGAGGGGGCCAGCCCUGGAGACCGCAGCGAGCAGCUGAGCGCUCUGGUGUCGGAGGCCUUCGUGCGUCUCUUCGUGGAGCUGGUGGGCCACUACCCGCUGCACAUGGCCGAGGCGUCGUCCGGCACCUGCGAGCUGCAGCGCGACGCCUUCCGCAAGUCGCACCCGUCCCGCGGCGUGCGGCAGUUCCUGCAGCUCUUCAUGGAGACCCAGAUGUUCGCCGGCUUCAUCCAGGACAAGGAGCUGCGCAAGGGUGGGGGCGGGGCGGGGAAAGGUCUGUUUGAAGCGAGGGCAGCAGAGUAUCUGGAGUCGUACCCGGAGCCCACCGGUGUGAACCGGUUCCUUAAAGGACUAGGAAGCAAGAUGAAGUUCCUCCAGAUGAAGUGAUCUUGGAUCACACCUCCAUGCCUCCGAGACAUGAUGAAGAGGAGCACUGAGUCUGUCUGAGAAGGACAACGACGUGGAAGAAAGUUUGAAUGGCAGCAGCAAAGUGUCCUUCAGACUAUGGGGCCUUUAGCUUCCUGGCGGUUUGGCUAGCUAUCGAUCUAGUUCAUUAGCGGUAUGGUAAGCUAUCGAUCUAGUUCAUUAGCGGUUUGGCUAGCUAUCGAUCUAGUUCAUUAGCGGUUUGGCUAUUUAUCAAUCUAGUUCAUUAGCGAUUUGGCUAACUAUCCAUCUAGUUCAUUAGCGGUUUGGCUAAAUAUCCAUCUAGUUCAUUAGCGGUUUGGCUAACUAUGGCUCUAGUUCAUUAGUUGGUUGGCUAACUAUCGAUCUUGUUGUUUAUUGGCUAAUGGAGGACUGAACUGAACUUCAGCCAAAGAUAAAGUCAGGGGAAGAAACCUGGAAAAUUAGAAAUUAGAGUAACACUUAAUAAUCUCAGAUUUAUAGUUGAUAAUCUUGCAGUGCAAAUUCAUAAUCUCAGAAUAACAGUUGAUCAUCUCGCGCAUAACCUGAUAAUAUUGGAGUAACAGAUAGUAACCUCAUAUUUCCAGCUAAAUUUAAGGAAAAAUCGGAUACUAAAAUUCCUCAGUCACUCGAUUUUGUUAAUAAUCCUAAAUAGCUGCUAAUAAACUCAAGAGUAACUUCAAAUAGUUAUUACAACUCAUUAGCUACCCAUAAUGAUUUUUAGUGUCAGAUAACACAAAAAACGUACUUCAUGUUGUUUAUAAUGUUCACAAAGGAGGUUGUUUACAUGUCUACUAACAUUCCCAAACUCCCGUUCCAAGUGUGUACUGUUCAGUCGAAGUUAUGGAUCAGAGCGGUACUGUGUAUCAGCCUGCCCCUCAAAUCAUGGACUCUGAAACGGUAUCGCCGGUGAAAAACACCAUUAGCAGUCAGCCAUUAUGUGUUGUGUAAAUAGUUAUACUUUCAUGGUAUGAUUUUUGAAUGUAUUUUAUGGAUGGAAUAAGACCUCAAAGAAUGUUGUCUUUGAUUCAGCUCUGUUUGAGCAGAAACGUGUAAAUUUGACUAAAUAUCCAUUUAAAUGUUUUGAGUACAUAAGACCAUGGCAAAUAUUUAUACUGCUCUGUAGAAAUGUGACGUUCAUUUAAAAAACCACUAUUUUUGUCGCAUUCCUUGUUUUGAAAAGGCUUUUCUAAAUCUUGCAUUGAUUUGUUUGAUUUUUGGUUUAUUUGCUCUGUUUACAUCCAAUGAUUUGUUUGGUUACUUCGGUUGACCAAUUUUGUGGACCUUCCUCUGAAUAGACUUCCUUCAGACUGGAGUUGUAAAUAAUUACGUGUACUUUGCACAAUGUCAUGAUCCAAUGUACAGUAUUUUUUUAUAUUACUUUUAAUUUUACGUAUUUCUUAUACUUGUUUGGCAUCACAGAAACAGCAUUGAGCACAAAUUGUAUUUGUGCUCAAUGUCGCCUCCUAGUGGUUGUUCCAGGGUUGUGUAUUGGAGGGCAGUUCGAGGCAGUGGUUCUAAACCGGUCUAGCCUCAGGACCCUCAUGUGUCGUUAAAUCACGACCCAAAAAUAAAAAAUCUAUUAACCAAAAUUGCAGCAACCAACAAUUCCUUCGGGUACUACCGUACUGUUAAGAACAAUGGGUGAGCAGAAAGCUGCACAUUUGAAACAUUUGUUCAUUCAUAGGCUUCUCUCUAAAAAUAAAGGUUUGGCAUACGCUAUGGCAUAACCUCAACUUCCAUCUCUUAUAAAUGAACUCCCUGGUCCUCACAAAUGUCUGCACAUGGUCGUCUUAUCAUGUAGGCGGUAAAUGAGAGACAAACCGGUUGGCUAUGAUCGGCACAUGUAGAAGUUUUGCGAGGCUUGCACAAAGCUGUUAGAAACAUCCUUCCUGAAAUUCAAUGAAUACCAACUGACAUGUGCCUGUUGACCAACUUAUAAAUAAAUGACUUGCAUGGACUCCACAAAACACUUUGAUAUUAUUGGGUUAGGCGGCACUUCCUCUGGGCAAUAUUGCAGGAUGCCUAGGGCACCAUCCCAUAAUAAAUGCAUCAUUAAAAAAGGUGAACCAGUGAGAUCAUCACGGCCCGAACAUGCUGGAUCAUGGCUAUAGUAGUGUAGCGAGUGUGGAGAGAUGCUAGGGCCAUCCAGGGAGCAGUACAGAAAAAAGGAGCAUGCUACAAAUGUGCUAAGAAAAAGGCAGAGCUGUAGUCUAGACCACCUUGGUCGAGUCCAAAUGAGAGACAGUCAGGACCGCGACAGAAAAAAAUGAAUCCUCUUCAAGACCACUUACUUACCUGUUUAAAAAAAAUGUAUGCUAAAAAGACAGUCUAUCAUCUAUUUUAAGAUUAUCACUUUGCACUAUUAUUUGUAUUGAUCAAAAUCAAGUGCACAGUAGGAUCAAAUUAGAAUAUAUAUUUACUUUAAGUACAGCCUUUUCACUUAAAUGUCCAUAAUGGGUGAAGGAAAACUAGGGCUGAAUGAUGUGGCAGAAUAAUUGAAUAGCAAUUUUUUCCUUAUCUUCUGUAUGACCAACACACCAUUGUUAGCAGUCAAUAUAAAGAAACUGCUCUUUCCUUUGUAUUGAGCUUAAUUGAUUGAUAUAACAUCUUUAUUUAACUAAAGUAUUGUUAAAGAAAAAUUAUUGUAUAGAGGGCCUACUAUUUGAUGCUACACUCCUGGCUAGGGUUGGGGGGGGUGAACGUAACCACUAACACCAUAAACGUUAUCAGUACUGUAAUUAGGCUAUUUGGAGCCAAACAUAUAACGUUACAGUUCAGUUAAAGGGGACAUAUUAUACCACCAGGUGUGAAUGUGAUUAGCCGUUACAAG